AUGACACGUCCAUAUUCGAUGCGACACACUGAACAUACGCAAGUCUCUGCUGGCGACUCCACCAUGUCUGACUUUGACCCAGAAAACGAAGCUCUUGUUUCAACUCGAGAACUUGACCAUAGCCAUGAACUGCCCAAACUACCAGCCAGCUUCCGACGAGCAAGCACAACAGGAAAAGGCAGUUCUCCACGUCUUGAUCCUGAGUACACCAUCGACACUUCUGCAAUCAACCGUGCCUUCCCCGAAUUCUCAGACGUGGAAUCAUCUCCGGACGACGAGACUGAAGAUGACUUCUCGAUUGAGAUUGGGCGAGGCGUGAAGAACUCUAGCCGCAACAGGCGCGACGAUUCGCGCAACUCAAUGAUGAGCAUUGAGAACAGUGUUCGCUCAGCUUCGCCGGCUAUCAAACUUGAUUAUCCUACCACAAGCACGCCUCCUAAAUCGGCUAUGCGCAGCGCCUCAAAGAGAGCAGUCGCUGGGGACAGCCUACGUAAGGAUGCUCAGAUAAGACGCGCAAGCCAGAUGCAAAAGGAAAAUAUUGACCCCCUUCCUCAACCCAAUCGCUCCAAGAGCUCGGGGCGCUCGGCUGAACCUCGUCACACAUUAGCUGAGAUGCAUGUGAGAGCGAAGGAAACAUACGACGGAUCAUACAUUAGCGACGAGAGACCUCAAAAUGUCCCCGUCAACACACGAACGACUCGGUUUGGAAAUGUCUCAGGCCAAGUCGCGGCCGCUAUCGAGUCGGCAUCGCGCAACAUACAGCCUCGUGACUCCCAGCGUCGGAAACACGAUAUUGCCCCAAAUCCCACAUUUACAAUGGAUACUGUUACCAACGGUUCGAUUUUGCUUCCAGAUUUGCCAAAUAUCUCAGAACUAGUGUCAGGCGUUUAUGAAGAUGGCACUCCAGUUUUCACUCGCCAGACCAGACCCCGUACCACACGCUUUGUUUCUCCUCCUGCGGAAGACAUGGAUGUAUCUCAGCCUCGUGGCCAUCUGCCCUUGGAAAAUGUGCCCAUUCCCGAGGAUGAAAAAGCUCUCUUUGUCUCUCUGAAGCUCUUACAGGAUAAGGUUGCAGACUUGGAACUGGCAAAAUCUGAGGUCGAAAAGAAGCUUGAAGAUGCUCGUGAGGAGAAUCAUCUUCUAAAGGCCGAAAAAUCGCGCAGACAAAAAGAACAAUAUGACCGACUCAAAUUGUUUGGGGGUGAGGAUGGUGAACAGGCUAGAGGCAGUACCAAAUUACUGCAAGACAAAAAUAAGCUUGAAGCGGUGAAUUUGGCUCUUCAAAACAGGCUUGAUAUUGCUGAUCGCAAGGUUCAAGUUCAUGAAUCGGCGUUGAAGUCAUUGGCCCAAGAGCGCGAUUCUGCUGUCACACAGCUAGGCGUAGCUUAUUUGAACACACAAGAGACGAAGCGAGAGAACGAGGCUCUGAAAAAGGAAAAUGCAGAGCUCAGAGCCCAGGUCAACAAGUUGACGACGCUAGCUCGACAACUAGCUGGAAACGAAUCUAACACAUACCAAUCGCUUCCCAAGGCGCAGAUUGACACUGAGCAUAUCACCACAAGUACCGAUCAAAACGAAGGCAACACACAGAAAACAUCUGGAUCAAUGCGUUCUCGGCGCCAAUCCAAGGAACAAGCCGUGCGCGCCAGCAAUUCUACGCGGGACGAUCCCCAAAGCCGGGUGCUUGAUAGAGUAGAGAAGGAGAUAUCGAGAAUGGAGAAACAACGUCAAGAUGAAGAACUUUUUUCUCUUAAUCUAUCGAGGCCCGCUACAGCAAAUAUGGAGUCUGCUACAAAAUCCACACUACCUUAUAGGUCAGGAGAGGUUGAAAGCAGCCGGAAGGUGCCUAACACUGGAAAGCAACGCAUCAAACGGGUCAUUGUCGAGGAGGCUGACACUACUGGAAACUUCACUGAAGACCUUCGAGAAGAAACGAAGAGUCAGACUGGUGCUGGGCAAGAUUUCACUCUGCUCAGCUUCAUUGAUGAUCGCGAAAUUGCCAAACUCCGCAGACGACUUGAGAUUGAAAGAGCUACGCGCAAGCAGAACCAAUCUGCAGCCGUAAGAGAGCAGUCUGCAAUUACUACCGCUUCUGGCAAACGUACAGCUUCGGAUCCCCCGCGCAAGUCGUCCUUGAAAGAACCGAAGGAACCUAUCGUUCGCCCAUCCUCUGCCCUUGGUGAUGCUACCUCAACGGCGAAAACUGACCAAGGUGACCGUGAGGAGGGAGCCGCUGGACGUCGCAGACGCCACUCUGACCAUUCAACUCAAAGCCAAAGUCGACGAAGGAAAUUCGUUCCGGAAUUGACGUCGGCAUUUAUUUUACCAGAUAUCACGCUCCGCUACGCUGAAGUAGCUACGCGAGAACCCGCCCGUCUUUCAGAAUCUGCUCAGAAAGUCCUCGAUAGCGUUGCUGGUCAUGAUGGCAGAAACUGUACAGUUUGCAAACGCCUUUUGCCGGAUGGUGUUACUCACAAUCAUGAUGACGACCAUGUUGCUAUCCAACGCGGCACGAUCACUGUACCGAAACCAAUUCCAGUUUCUGAGCGUAUGCCCGAGCCAUCUUUCUAUAAUGAAGAGCCAACUCUUCGUCCAUCUCGCCCACCUGCAGAAGCGCUAGCCACUGUUCUCAAAGGUCUGGAGGAUGAACUUUCUCAUCUUAAAAUGCAAUUGGCAGUAGCACAGCAAUCGUUUUCGAAGCAUGAUGCAUCUCUCGGCAAACGACAAAGGAAGUCUCUAAGCAACAAGAUCGAAAAGCUAUUGAAGGAAAUUGACAUCAAAGCGGAUCAGAUCUAUGCAUUGUAUGAUGUUCUCGAGGGGCAAAAGCAAGAUGGUCACGAAAUGACCGAAAAAGAAAUGGAAAUUACUUUGCAGUCUAUUGGCAUUGAUGUUCAGAACGCAGCCAAGCUUGCCAACUUGACAGGAGCGACUGACGAAUCACUCCGUCGGAAAACGGUUCACAAUGUCGAGGAUUCGGAUGAUGAAUACGAUGAAGAACUACCAUGGGAGGGAUUUGAGAGUACUGCUGAAAUGACGGGCCGUCAUACCUCACGCUCAGGAAACUUGUAAUCGAUAUCUUACCUACCGCCUUCAUCACGUCUAGUCAUUCGGGGUUUCUUUCGAUGCGAUGUCCAGGUUUCAGACUGACCUUUUCUAAAGAAAGGUGCAUGUCCCUGUUCAUCGUUGCCUAUAACAAACUCCUCGAGUCGGACUAGAGAACUUCAUGGUCUUGCAUUUAUUUUCACUCUUACAGCUCCAAUCUGAUUUCUUUAUCUUCGUGUUGACUGACUUCGGUGUAUGUCCAUGAAGGAGAUUUCCAGCAUUAAGCAGCGAUCGAUGAAAAGAUAGGCAUCUCAUGACUGAUCCUCGCUCUUAUUCUUUAAACACUUUCUUCCUCAGCUUGGAAGAGUUCUUCAAUUUCCUACAAAUGCAUGCUGGUACACAUGUUGCGAGUCGGCUAUCUCUUUACUUUUAUAUUUGCAAUGGCGUUUGAGUAUUCUCUAUCUACAUGUUCGGAGUUGACCGGGAGGGUUUGGCCAUUGCCUGCAUGUUUUUGUUUCGUAUUCUUGAUUCAUUUAGCUCUUAGUCUAUUUCAGCUCGCGUUACUUCAUUGCCUUGAGAGUCUUUUAUCAAUAAUUUGCUGAACGAAGAUUGUUCACCAGAUGGAUGUCUAGUAGUGUAAGUUGAACUUUGACCAAUUCUGAAAGAUAAUUAGCGAAGGCUUCAUGCUUGCUGCUGGGCGUGUACAAAAUAUGUAACGCAAUAAAUUUUGAAAUAGGCUUCAGAAUCAUUGCAUAAUCAGGAUACGGU